GUGUCAUUGACAUUUUAUCAGUAAAAUUUUGUUGUUUUUUUGAGGUUAUUUUUUCGUAAAUAUUAUGUCUGUGAUGUGUUUAUAAAUAAAGUUAUCCUAUGUAUACAUCGUAAUACGUGUUAUCUAUAAUUGAAGAGAAUUACACAAAUUGAUUUUAUUUUUUUAUAACAAAAUGCAUCUGAUUGAUAACGAAUCUAAAUUAACCGUUUACCAAUCUGCAUUCGCCGGGGGCGCAGCGGGGGCCUUCACAAGAGCUGUGGGGCAGCCUUUGGACGUCCUGAAGAUAAGAUUUCAGUUGCAGUUAGAGCCUAUUGAAAAAGGGUCGAAAUACAGCUCAGUGUUGCAAGCUGUCUCUGCCAUCAUCAAAGAAGAAGGAGUAACCACUCUCUGGAGCGGUCACGUUCCCGCGCAGUUGUUGUCCAUAUCUUAUGGAGUACUACAAUUUUCCACAUUUGAAACCCUCACACAGCUAUGCGAAAGAUCUGAUCCAAAAUUUUACUUGGCAAAUAAACAUUGGUUGAACUUUUCUAAUGGGGCCAUCGCUGCCGCCAUCGCAACAAUAGCAUCUUUCCCAUUCGACACAGUGAGAACAAGACUAAUAGCAGAACAGAAGACUAAUAAAGCUUACAGAGGCUUUCUACACGCGUUUUCAACUAUAGUCAGAUUAGAAGGAACAGCAGCUCUGUUCAAGGGCUUGGUACCAACAUUAAGUCAAAUAGCACCACAUGCUGGAAUACAAUUUGCAGCAUACAAACUGUUGACACAAAAUGUACUGAAUCAGUUUAAAUAUUUCCAAAGAAAAAUCAAUGUGAGCUCGACAGUAGAAUCCACACUGCUGGCCAAUCUGAUAGCUGGAUCUACAGCAGGAUUUGUGGCCAAGACAGUUAUUUACCCCUUUGAUUUAAUCAAGAAAAGAUUGCAGAUCCAAGGGUUUCAAGAACACAGGCUAAGCUUUGGAAGACAAAUGUACUGUAAUGGUCUAUUGGAUUGUGUGAAACUAACAAUUACUGAGGAGGGGUUUCUAGCAUUGUUCAAAGGUUAUGGACCUAGUAUGCUUAAAGCUGGACUAGUCUCGGCACUGCAUUUUGCUGCUUAUGAUGAAAUAAAAUACUUCAUACUAAAAAUACAACAAAGAUAAUGUCUUGCUUUAUUAGAAAAUUUAAUAGCACCUCAUUUUUUGUGUACAAAAUAAUCACUUACUUAUAUGUAGUUGAUUAGAAGUAUAGUAUGUAGUAUACUCGAAUUUUUACACAAUAUAAGCUUUCAACUGUGUUCCCAAUGCUGGUAGUCAAAGCUACAUUCAUCACAUGUUGGGCUAAGUACCCAUGCCUCACCGAGCUAACCAGUUUUCUGUUAGGCCAACACGAUAGGAUGUGAGACAUAUUGCCAAAUGGUAAAACCAGCUGUGUUUGUCAAAAUGGCAUUUAAGAUAAAUUAAUAAUUUCUUAGUGCAAAUCCAGUCUAGUUGAAUUUUUCGACUGUUUAUUAGUUAAAUUAUGUUAUUUAUUAUUUAAUACUCAUUUUGUUUUGUGUUAGUUCUUAGCUGUCUUCACAUCCUUAUAUUUAUUGUAGAAUUUCUUUUUAUCACAUGUUUAUUGUAGAAUGGUAUUUGCUGAAAUUCCUGUGAUAUUACAUAAUAUUGUUUUAUAGUUUAUAAGAUUAACAUGUUGUUGUGAUU